AUGCCGGACCUUAACUCGGUUCCUCCAUCGCCUCGCGUUCUAGCUCUGUCCAGGCGGGCCUCAUCUCAGCAAAUGCCUCCACCACCAGCUCCCGGCCCUAGCCAGGGUCAAGGCGCCGCGCCGACCUCGACCUCGACCUCGGACCCGGCACUCAACAUCCUGCCCUCAAACCAGGCUGCCGUCAACACAGGUGCUCCCACCGCCGCUUCUCUGCCGUCGCCCCGCCUUGUCGCGACUGGCAGCGCACACCCACCUGCAGAUGCGUCGUCUCAGGCCCAGGGCCCGGGGCCCACGCGCCACCCGCAAACCAUCACAGUUGCUGAUCUCCACCAGCAGUUCGAGAAAGAGCAGGAGGCAGUGGUCAACCGUCUCCAGCGUGAACUCGAAAUCCUUAGACAGCAAAAUGAUGCGUCCUCCGCCUCAGCCAGUGACUCGGGCGCCGAAUUACCCACCUCUACAAUUCCCAUAAUACCAGAUGGCAGACAACAUCUGAUCUCUGGAUCUGGGUUUAGCAUACCAUCUCAGACUAGCGGACGUGAGAGACGCCACACUAGAAGCGGAUCGAGCGCGAGCGCACGAAGUAUCGCAGCAACGACAGGAAGCACAUCCGUGGUUAACAUCACUUCACCAGCGCCCAUCAGGCCAGGCGCCACCUCUCUGAGCCGUCAGAAUAGUACUCAAAGCCAUUCGAGGCAAAGUCUCAGUAGCUCCCCUGCGCACGCCAGCUCGUUUGCGAGCUCGCACAUGGCGGACGCCGCUCAUGGUGGCUACUUCCACUACCGCUCGGCAACGGGCGCAUCCUCGCAUAGCCUGUCACACGCCCAGGCCACACCAGGUUCUGCCUCGGCAGAUAUGAGGUCACCCAGCAUGAUGCCUGUCACUUCAAGAUAUGAAGAGACUGCAUUCCACCGUCAGGAGUUGGAGACGGUCAAGCGAGAGAACGACGCUCUCAAGCAAAGGAUCAGGGAGCUGGAGCGUUUGGUUCGUGAGCGCAGGGCGAGCGACGCCAGUACCAGGCCUCGCAGUGAGAGUGUUAGUACCACAGCGAGCGUGAACGUCACUGGCGGGGGGGCCGGCAUUGCGCCUCCUAGGGGCGACAGAGUGACCAGCAUGCUGAGCACUGCUGGGAGUACGACUGGGAGCGUCGCCGUGGGAGUGCCAGAGGAUGAACUACGAGUCGGACAGAGCGCCGCCAGCGCCGGCGUGGGUACGGCAGGCGCUCCAGCGCCGACCAGCCAGCAGAACCCAGCACCGGGUGCUUAA